AUGAACGGGCGCCGGACUCACGACACGGAGGAGAGGAGAGAGGCGCAGGGGUGUGGGCAGGUGGAGAGAGUGGGAGUGGCAGAGUACUACCCGAGUUUUCGUGAAGACUGGGCGACAUCAGAGAGAGAAGAGUGCAGUUUUGUGGAGGAGGACUAUGGGGAGCUGGGAGAGGACCCCACGCAACAGUCCAACCAGGUUUUGCUCAUCUACAUUCUGCACGUCCUGCUGCGCUCAGUUAUGGAGAUCACCUUCCUGAUUGGACAGUACUUCCUCUUCGGUUUUGAGGUUCCUCAUCUGUUCCGCUGCGAGACUUACCCCUGCCCGACCCGCACAGACUGCUUCGUGUCCCGUGCCACGGAGAAAACCAUCUUCCUCAACUUCAUGUUCAGCAUCAGUCUGGGUUGUUUCGUGCUGAACGUGGCGGAGUUGCAUUAUUUAGGCUGGGUUUACAUCUUCAGGGUCCUGUGCUCGGCCUGUUCCACCUGCUGCUGCCACGAGCGGGACGAGCUGCACCUCUACGCGGGCCACAAUCCGCUAACGUUGCAGAUGAAGCAUUCUCUAAGGGGCCAGCUGGUGCUCCAGGCUCCAGCCCUGGUGCCGGAUAAGAGCAUGUUAAGCCACGCCCCCGCCAUCUCCUUCCAGACCGACUCGACCGUGGAGUGCACGUCCAAAAGAAGCCCAGAGAGACGGGACAAAAUGAAGCUGAACAACAUGGCCCGCACUGGACGGACUAAAAAGUCAUGGCUCUGA